GAUUUAUCGUCACCUGACAUGAGAGGAUCUUCAUGAAGUUAAACAAUCGCCGUAAAAAGGCCAAAAAUUAAAUUAUCCGUUGGGAAAAACAAAUUGACAAAUUUUAACCGAUAGUUUACCGUAAAAAAAAAAAUUAGCGGUGACAACAAUAGAAUGAUGUUAACCGUUAGCCGUAAAAUGGUCAAAAUUUUAACCAUUACCCCUAAAAGCCAUCACCCCAUUGAAACUCUCACAUAAGGCUGUUUAAUUCCAAACCAGUAGCUUAUACACUGCGACAACGGAGCUCGUGUUUUCUUAAAUAUCUUCUGUGUUGUCCUUCGCGGAUUGUCCAUAAUUUCAUUACAUUAUUCAUGUAAUUUCGCAAGUAACUGUCUAAUUUUGGUUCUGAGACAAAACUCUUAACCUAAUAAGAAAAAGACACAAUCGGUUAAAACGUAUUUAAUGCUCCAGCGUAAAGGAAAAUUGAUCCUCCGUGAUUGGUUAUUCCUGUAAGUUAAUCUGUAUAAAACGUAUACAACAGGACAACUUCGAAUAAAGACUGUAUUACAGAAUAACAAUAUACAAGACAGCUUUCACGCAUUCCUUUUCAUUUUCCUUUUUGAGUUUUCAUCAAGAGUUCAAAGUUCAAUUCGUGGGGGGUAAGAAACAUACAAAAAUCCACGUGACACUCUCGGUCCAGUUUUCAACAUAAUCCUUGAUUAUAUAAUUUCCAUCGUAAAACCCCUCUUAUGAAUUUUCUGUUUUCUAGUCUUCUUUCUCCAGUAAAGCAUGACUACUACAGCUAAGGGAAAGGGUUCAUCCGUUGUGAAAGAAGUCGUAGACACGAUCAACGGGUUAGGAAUAUUUCCAAAUGAUCAUAAGUUCCUUUGCCGCAUAGCAUGGGUGGAAUCAAAAUAUGGUGAAGACCCUGGUACAUACAGACGCGGCUACCAUGGAGGUAUUUGGCAGGUAUAGGCUUAGCAUUUAAUUUUCUCACCUGAAUAAGAUGGUUCUAAACUACUAUCGUGAAUAACUCUCUAACCUCUCCCCGGCUUUGAUGAGAAUGUAUUUCCCUUCGAAAAAAAUUGAUACAAACUUUCGAAAUCGGGGGUAGAUCUAAAAAUAGUAAUAUUUUGAAGAAUUUCCAAGAGAAUGUUAAAUGAAAUUCUUCAUUAUUUUUCACAUCAUUUAACACUGGCAAAUGGGCUUACAAAGCCAUGCAACAGUUCUCUAUGGAUAGAGCGAUGUUGCCUUUCCAACAUUGUCUAACCUUGAAUGACCUAGAACAUAUUUUAAGUAAUGCACUUUUGUUGCGUAGGUGGACGAGAUUGGAUAUCGAGAGACUGUUAUUCAGAAAGGUCUGAAGAAAUAUUGGGACAAAAUCGAAGCCGAGCUUGAUAUCGACUGGACCAGUACAAGUUGGGCAGAUUUGGAAAAACCGCUGUACUCUGGAUUGGCUGCCAGGCUCUUCCUCGCCAGGCUUUCCGCACCUAUUCCAAGGGACUUGACCGGUCAGGCUCAGUACUGGAAGACUCACUACAAUACAGAAGCAGGAAGUGGAACCGUACAGAAGUUUAUUGAUGAUGUUAAACACGCCAAAGGUUGCGCUGUGUAAAAUAAAUGACGAAUCUGUUCAAUAAAAGACCAUAAAAAUUACCAGUCUGCCGCAAUAAUACGGGCCAUAUGGUAUUGUAAACGUAUUUUUAUUUCUAUGAUAGAUGCCCUGGGCGAAAUACUGGUGAAAGAC